AUGACCAACAACACAGAGGAGACUGAAUUCUUCCUCCUGGGAUUCUCUGACACCAGGGAACUUCAGGUCCUGCAUGCAUUUCUGUUUCUGUUGACUUAUUUGGUUGCUCUCAUGGGGAAUCUUCUCAUUAUCACCCUCAUCACCCUGGACCAGUGUCUUCACACCCCCAUGUACUUCUUCCUGAAGAACUUGUCUCUUGUUGAUCUUUGUUUCAUUUCAACCAUAGUACCCAAAUCCAUUCUCAACUCUCUUUCCAACAAGAGCACCAUUUCUCUCCAGGGCUGUGUCUUACAGGUCUUGCUGGUGAUUCACUUUGCUGGGACUGAGGUGUUCAUCCUCACAGCCAUGUCCUAUGACUGCUAUGUGGCCAUUUGCCACCCACUGCACCAUGACACUAUCAUGAGCAGGGGGUUCUGUGUGAGGAUGGCAGCUGCCUCCUGGCUUUGGAGGAGUCUUUUUGGUACUUUGUACUCUGCUGGCACAGUUUCUCUAUCUUUCUGUGGCUCCAGGAAAGUCCCUCAGUUUUUCUGUGAUGUCCCUUCAUUAUUAAAGAUUUCUUGCUCUAAGGCACAUAUGACAAUUGAUAUAAGUGUGGCAAUUGGAAUGUUUUAUUUUUUUGUUUGUUUACUUGCCAUUGUUUACUCAUAUGUCUGUAUUUUCAGUACAGUACUGAGCAUCCCAUCUGUGCAAGGCCGAUCAAAAGCUUUCUCCACCUGCUUGCCCCAUCUUAUAGUUGUGACCACAUUUCUCCUGACAAGAGCCAUUGCCUACCCGAAGCCAGCGUCAGAGUCCCCCACCUUCCUGGACUUGCUGGUGUCUGUGCUGUAUUCAGUGGUGCCCCCCACUCUAAACCCCAUUGUUUACAGCCUAAGGAACAAGGAAAUCAGGGCAGCUCUGAGAAAGAUCCUAUGGAAACUUUGUGGCAAUAAGAAGUAA